AUGGAUCAGAUAACGGCAUCAUCUCACGGUCACUCUCUUCCUCCCCCUUUUCAUACAAGAAACUUCAAUCUGCAUCAAUUUCAGCAACAAAAUUCUGAAGAUGAACAAAGCGGCACCAGUGGUCUCAACAUGGGUGGCCACAAAAGAGAGCGUGAAGACAAGAGCAACGACGAGAUGUUAAACAACAGCGGCGGUGGCGGAAGCAGUGAAGGCAAAGACGGAGAAAUGGGAAGAAGGCCAAGAGGUCGUCCGUCUGGUUCAAAAAACAAACCUAAACCACCGAUUAUAAUCACCAGGGACAGUGCCAACGCACUACGCACCCAUGUCAUGGAGGUUUCCGAUGGUUGUGAUGUGAUGGAUAGCAUCAGCACCUUUGCACGCCGCCGGCAACGUGGUGUGUGUAUCAUAAGUGGAACUGGGACCGUCACUAAUGUAACCCUCCGGCAACCUGCUUCACCAGGGGCGGUUGUGACAUUGCACGGAAGAUUUGAGAUUCUUUCUUUGUCGGGUUCUUUCCUGCCACCACCUGCACCACCGGCGGCGACGGGGUUGACCAUAUACUUAGCUGGUGGACAAGGGCAGGUGGUGGGUGGUAGUGUGGUAGGUGCACUUCUAGCGGCUGGACCAGUGGUUAUCAUGGCGGCAUCGUUUAGCAACGCCGCCUACGAAAGACUCCCUCUUGAAGACGAAGAAAGCACUUUACCGUUGCAAGGUGGGUCGUUAGGAUCUCCGGGAGACAUAACUCCACCACAACAGCAACAACAGCAACAAUUAUUAACGGAUCCUUCGUUGUUUCAAGGCAUGUCUCAAAACCUACUCAACUCCAUUCAAUUACCAAACGAUGCUUAUUGGGGUGGUGGCAGUGGCGGCGGUGGCGGUGCCGGUGGUGGUCGUCCACAAUUCUAACUAUAACCUCAAUGAAAGACAGAUGGAAUGUAAACAAGAUUUAGGUUUAUCAAAGAGGAUUCGAAUUAUAUUGUUGAGCAAGAUUUCAUCAGG